AUGGUGCGCGUGCCCGGAUAUUCUGAGGCCUCUGGAUUUCACCGUGAGUCCACUGGCGAAGAUGUCAAGAUUAAGCAAGAACCUGGGAUUGAAGUGUCAGCGACAAAGGGAUCGACGCAGACACGCAGAAGCACAAGAUCCUCAGAUCAUCAGAGUUUUGGGAGGGGCUCUGAUGAAAUGAAAAUGAAAGAGGAAGAUCGAGAGAUCGAUCUGGAAGAUAAACCUCAAUUCCCUCCUAGGGUCCCUUCGGGGGCCACCGCAGAUCGCUCUGCAAAGCGCGAUCUGCUGGAUGAAAAUCCAAUGGUGAAAACCAAAUCGGCGAAAGCCAAACCCUAUAUCUUAGUCGAUAGAUCGCCCGACCUCAAGCCGAAGAGCACAAUCGCGAGAUCGACCACAUCAGAACGAUCCGCGACGAGAUCGGUGGGAUCAGAUGUCAAAGAUCGCCAGAUCGGCCGAACCGUGCAAUCGAAGAUCGGAGCCAAAGAGGAAUACGAUGAAACACCAGAUAAGAUCGCGAUGCCAAAGACGGAAUAUAACCCAAUAAAGAUCGCGUCCAGGGAGAAGGAGACGACGGGUGAAGCGCGGGAGCGUGCAAAAUGGCAGUACUAUUAUGGCCAGUUAAAGACGCUGCUCAAGACGGACCCAGUGUUCAAGAUGUUAAGGCCCAAGGUGAUUGGUCCUCUGGAUAAGCCGAUCUCGGUCCCACUUCACGGGACCAACAAAGUCGACGAGAUCAAUUUGAUUUUGCAGAUGUUGGACGACAUGGGUAUCUGCCCCGACGCUUUUGAUGGAGAUGAACUGCUGAGUUGCAGCUUGGAACAGUUGAAGGACGCGGCGAAUGAGUUUGUAGAGAUCAUGAUAAUGCUGGUGGGCAAAGCGAAUACUCCUGAAGACAAGAUCGGGACGCCCUCGGGCUCGCUCCGUAAACACCCCGCGGGAUCGCCCCGCUACGCCUCGGAUGACUCCGAGAGCGAGUCAGAUGGAUCCAUCAGCAUUCGUCAGAUGUCUCUAGGACCUUCGGGUGGAAGGUUCUUAAAGGACAAGAUCGGACAAGCCAAGAUCGACGCCUAUAAGGGACUGAUGAACUUUAGACUUCUUGGUCCGAGUGCAAAACGCAAAGUGAAUAUAUAUUUAUAA